AUGGAGCGCUCCGAGAAGAUCCCUUUGGAGGACCGCCUCGCCUACAUCAAGAAGGAGGGACCCGUCGCCCUCCAGGCUGAGAAAGAGUGGUACAAGAACCGCGCUACUGAACUCAAGACCAACGAAAAGACUAUUGACACGGCUCUCGCCUUUCUCCGUAUUCCCAAGUACGCCUCGUCUGUCCCGACACUGCAGAUUCUUGACCAGUGGGCUGGCGACCUCACCAAGAAAAAGGAUGCGAUCACCCGUCUCAAGGCACUCCUUAACACCGCCCGUGCCGUCGGCAUAAAGAAGGUCCAGGAGGACAUUGCAGAGAGCCAGAAGCUAAUUGCCGAGCUCCCCAAAGCCGCUGAGGAGCUUGACCGCGACGGACUCAAUAUGUCCGACAACAUGCCCGCCGUCAUGCUGCAGCACAUGAUGCCACUCAUUAUGAACGCUGCAAUCUCGAAUACCAAGGAGAGGGAGCGCCAGCUGCCCAUCCAGAAGGAAAUGCUGCCCCUUUGUACUCGCCGCAUCAACUUCAUGAUGGACCUGGCCACGAAUCGCGAAGAGAUUAUCGACCGCAGCAUUGUCAAAGUUGAGAAGCUCCGCGCCUACCGCCUUGGAACGCAGUAA